AUGCGAUGCGAUCGUCAGCUCCCGUGCAAGACUUGCGUAAGCAAGGACAUCGCUCUCUCCUGCACCUAUACACCGGAUCCGCAGCGAAAGGCCGUCGUUGUUGGUGUUGGCGAUCGCAUCCAGCAGCUCGAAGCCUUGGUUCGCUCCCUGAUGCAGCAGCAGCAGCAGCAGCAGCAGCAACCUAACAGCCAGGACGGUGCUACCGCCACGUCUCCUAUGCCAUCGGAACAUGGGAAUGGGAACAUGCGUCUGCACUCACACGGCUCGAAUUACGUUAGUAGCGUCCAUUGGGCGGCCAUCCUUGAUAGCAUCUCUGAGCUUAAUGAUACUUACGAGACGGAGCGGCAAGCGGCGAUGCUGACUUCUGGCGACCAUGUUCCGCAUUACAGCCCAGGCCCUCGUCUUUUAUAUGAACCUGUACAAGCGACUAAAGACGAGAUUAUCUCUUCAAUCCCAGCCCGGGCUGUGGUAGACCGUAUGGUUGCGCGAUAUUUCAACACCCAAGACGUUGCGCCAGCUGUUCUUUCCAGUGGCCAAUUUCUCCAAGAGGUACGAUCGCAUCCUCCAUUCCAUUUUAACUCCAACGACUCGACUAAUAUGCAUUUCCCACUUCAGUACGAGAUCUUUUGGCAAGACCCAGAUGCUACGUCGUUUGCGUGGCUCGGCCUUUUGUUUAGCAUUAUGUGUCUCUCCACGCAAUACCAGCACUUGACCGAGGACCCAGCAGAGCCCGAAUCUUUAAUGCGCGUCCAUAUGUUCCGCGAAAGAGCUGUCCACUGUCUUGUCCUGGGCCACUUCACCAAAGGAGGUCCACAUGUACUCGAGACGAUGAUCAUCCAUUGCACCAGCGAGAUUUUUAUGUACAAAGAUGCCGAGAUUGGCCUCUGGCUGCUGCUGGGCAUACUGGUUCAGCUCGCCCUGAGUCUCGGCUACCAUCGAGAUCCUCAGAACUUCUCUCACAUCUCGCCCUUUGCCGGCGAGAUGCGGCGGCGCGUGUGGGCGGCAAUAGUACAGAUGGACCUGCGUCUUUCGAGCCAGAUGGGACUCCCGCGCCUCCUGAAAUCGCAACAGUGCGACACGUCCGAACCGCGCAACCUCUUGGACUCGGACUUCGACGAAGCAAGCGUGGAGCUGCCCCCGUCCCGGCCUGAGACCGAGGUGACACCAGUGCUCUACGGACUGGCCAAAAUCCGGAUCGACAGCAUCGGCGUCCUCAUCAGCGAUCUCGUCGCCGACACCCGCGAGCACCUGCUCCCGGAGAUCAUGCAUCUUGACGGGAAAUUGCACGAGGCCGAGACGUCGCUCCCCCCGAUCUUUCGAUGGCAGCCCCUCGGUCAGUCGCUCAUGAUCCCCCCGCAGAUCGUGUUGCAUCGCCUCGCCCUACAACUUACUGUCCAGAGACUCGUAAUUUCGCUUCACCGGAGGUACCUUUCUGCUUCGUAUGCCGCGGAUGAGCGCUACGAGUAUUCGCGAGAAGCCUGCGUGCGAGCUGCGAUCAAGAUCCUCGAGUUUCAGCAGAUGGUUCAUGAGGAGACUCAGCCCGGUGGGUUGUUGUAUCCUGUGCGCUGGUUGCGAUCGUCACUGUUGCAGUCUAUCUUCCUAUUGGGCAUGAGCAUCCUCUGCUAUUAUGUGCAGCUCAUGAAAUCCGCAACGAAUGUUCCGCUGGAUCGUGAUAAGAUCCUCGAAUUGCUGCGAAAUACGUAUCCCAUAUGGUUGCGCUCGAGUACCGUGUCCCAAGACGCCCGAAAGGCAGUUGAGUAUCUAAGUCUUGUACUGGGACUUCCUCAUCAACAACAUCACACUCAGCUCGCAAAUAAAACAACGGCUGCUCCUUCCACCACACCCCAUGACCAAGUUGCUUGGGAUGCCUAUCACGGUGAUUAG